GGUGGCCCCUACUCCGCCGACUCCCCUGGUUCUUCCUCCGGAUGCUAAUCAGGCCGCCAAGGAUGCGGCUAAGAUUGCUGAUGAGGUUGCUGAUCGUGCCUAUGAUGAGAGGGUUUUGGCCUAUGAGGAGGCUCUUCAGACGUAUCAUGGUGCUUUGUCUGUUUACACCCAGUGGCUUGAUGAUGAUGCUCGUGCUGCAGCUGUUCUCACUGCUAGUGUUCUGCCUCAGUUUGCUUCUGAGUUUCUGGGUCUUCCUACUGUCUUCCAGAUGUGGACCUAUCUUCGUCAGCGCUAUGAGCCCUCUGAGUUCUGCUAUCUGGCGCCAGCUUGAUUCUCUCCGCAGUGCUGGUUGUCGUACUUGCCCCUGUUGCCAGGCUGUCCAGGCUGAUUUGGAGUUUCAUCGCGUCUACGAGUUCCUGUCUCGGCUCCGUAAGGAGUUUGAGCCCCGGCGUGCUCAGUUGUUUGCUCGUGGCCGUAUUUCUCUCAUGGAGGCGCUUUCUGAGAUUCGUGCCGAGGAGACUCGCUUACGUGGUGCUGGUUUGCUGGAGGUUCCUUCUGUGCUCGCUACUCAGGCUUCUUCCAUGCCACCUGCUGCACCGACCCCUUCUCGCUCGAGUGCUCCGCCACUUUUGCCCACUCCUUCUGGAGGCUCAGGUCGCCGUCCACAUUGCGGCUACUGCAACAAUGAUGGUCAUAUUGAGUCCCAGUGCUACACGAAGAGGAAACACCUGCGCAAGGCGCGAUCAUCAUCUUCAGGGACUUCGUCAUCUACCUCGACAGCUUCCGCCAUUGCUUUGACCGAGCAGGAUAUUCUGAGACUUAAGCGUCUGCUCACGGCUUCAGGUUCUUCCUCGACGGGUACUGCUGGUUCUGUGACUGAUGCUUCCCGCACUGAGCAACCGCCCUCUACACAGUCAGGACCGUCGCACACACACUCUGGUUGGGGCUGGCCCUCGCCGCCGUGAUUCUCAGGGUCUUUGGGAGUUGGACUGGCUUCAUGUUCCUUCCGCUGCCACCACCAUCGCCAGUUCCUCCGCUUCAGUCGC